GGGAGACGAUAGGACAAAAAAAAGUGAUGAUGAUGAAUACAUUGGAAAGUUUUUUGGCCCCGGCGAGGGUGUCAGAUUGAAUGGGCUGUGCGCAUGUGCGAAGGUGUCCAAACUGACAAUGCUGGUGAGAUGAAGAUAGUGUUGUUGCUGCUUCUGGGCUCACGGUGGACGACGAGAGGAAUCUACAAGGCGACAAGAUGAGAUCCAAGGCGAGGGCGAGAAAACUGGCCAAAAAUGACAGUGAGCCAGCGGACAGCAUGUACGACACAGAGGCCGACCUCCCAGGCUUGGCGGCAGACGGCAUUUGCGCUGACAGUCCUGAAGACGACGCAGACGACGGCGUCAUCAACAUGUCUCCCCUGCCCUCGCCGACUCCAUCCCAUCCAAACAACAACCACCACCUGCUGCUGCACCCACACAUGUACAACACCCACCAUCACCUCCACAAUAACAACAGCAGCAGCAAUGACCAGGACUUCACCACGCCCAAGGAAGGCUCGCCCUACGAGGCGCCCGUCUACAUUCCCGACGACAUUCCGAUUCCCGGCGAUCUGGAGCUGCGGGAGUCUUCGGUGCCAGGUGCCGGCUUGGGCGUUUGGGCCAAGACUCGCAUCGGAGCUGGCGAGAGGUUCGGUCUGCACAGCACGGGCAAAAGCAGCUCCUUCGGAUGGGAGAUGAUGAAUGACCAAGAAGAAUCUUCUCCUGACAGCUGCGUCAAAAAGGUGGCGGACGACAUAGGCAACAUCAAGUUUUCUCUGGACACAGGCCCCGACGCCCCCAGCAACAGCUGGCUCAAGUAUGUCCGCUCCGCCCCUUCGUUUGAGGAGCAGAACCUAGCCGCCUGCCAUCUCACUGGAGACCAGAUUUAUUACAAAGCAGUCCGCGACAUAGAUGCAGGGGAGGAGCUUUUAGUUUAUAUGAAGGACGGCAUUUUUCCGGAGGGUUCCAUGGCACCCAAUUUACAAGACGAGCAGAUGUACCGCUGUGAAGACUGUGACGAGCUGUUCUCGUCAACACUCGAGUUGCGGCGACACCAGAAAUAUUCCUGUUCCAGUGCGGGCUCCAUAUUUGACAGCCUGAGAGAAGACUUCAAACAGGAGCGGGAGGACAGUGACGAACCCGUCCACGAGUGUAAAGACUGUGAGAAGAUCUUCCCAAAUGAGUACAGUCUGGGACAGCACAUGAUAGUCCACACGGAGGAGCGGGAGUACAAGUGCGACCAGUGUCCCAAAGCUUUCAACUGGAAGUCCAACCUCAUUCGUCACCAGAUGUCACAUGACAGUGGCAAGCGCUUUGAGUGUGAAAAUUGUGAUAAGGUACAGCAUACCCGGCACGUCUUCACAGAUCCCAGCAAUCUACAGCGUCACAUCCGCUCCCAACACGUGGGGGCGCGAGCUCACACUUGUCCCGAGUGUGGCAAGACCUUUGCCACCUCAUCGGGCCUCAAACAGCAUAAGCACAUCCACAGCAGUGUCAAACCUUUUAUCUGUGAGGUGUGCCACAAAUCCUACACCCAGUUCUCCAACCUCUGCCGCCACAAGCGCAUGCACGCCGACUGCCGCACUCAGAUUAAGUGUAAGGACUGUGGCCAGUUGUUCAGCACUACCUCCUCCCUAAACAAGCACCGCCGCUUCUGCGAAGGCAAAAACCAUUACGGCUCUCCAACAGGAAUGUUCAAUCCUGGCAUCCCGAUGAGCUCCAGUCCCAUUAUGGCCAAGGCCAAGUCCCACCAUCCUCACCUUCAGGGUCUGAAUCAGUCAGGUUUAGGCUUCACCGACUACUUUCCUUCCAGACCUCACCUUCAUGCUGGCUUGCCUUUCUCCCCUGGACCCCAUGGUUUUCCAUCCCUCCCACACGGUUUCCCAGGCAUCUUUCCUCCAUCAUUGUAUCCACGACCACCGCUAUUGCCAGCUAGUCCAGUGAUGAAGACCCCUCUUGGAAACAACACUCAAGAAGUCAAGCUGCCUCAGAGUCCUCUAGAUGGCGCUCCGUUGUCUUUAGUUAGCUCCACAAACAGUAAUGGAGGCAACGGUUUAAGUCUGGCUGAGGACAAAGAUAGCGAGAGUAAAAUGGAUUUGUCCUCUGGUGGAGAGGUAAAGAUUAAAUCAAAGAUUGCAGACGUUUCAGAUGGCAGUGACCUGGAAGAUGUUAACACCACAAGCGGGACAGAUUUGGACACCACGACUGGUACGGCCUCGGGUGAUGGUUCUGACCUGGAGAGUGAUGGCGAUAGUGAACGUGAGCACAAUGGCAAAAGAAGAAAGCCAUGUGUGGUCCUAUCAAACCAAGAUGUUCACCACUUAGAGGACACAAAAAGUUCAGUGAUGCCAGCUGUGUCUAAUUCAGGGAACCUCUCAAUUGACCGUCCUUUUUUGUCUCCAGUGUCAACACAGCACUCUUUCUUCCCUCCGCCAGAUGAGCAAGCACUCCCACCCACCACCACAAAUGCUAACGCAGCCACCACCGAUUCCAUCAAAGCAAUUGCUUCUAUUGCUGAGAAAUAUUUUGGUCCAGGUUUGAUAGGUCUUCAUCAAGAGAAGAAGAUGGGUCCAUUGCCCUACCACUCCAUGUUUCCCUUUCAGUUCCUACCCAAUUUCCACAACUCCCUGUACCCCUUUACCACUGAUCGAGGUGCCCUCACCUCUGGCCUGUUCUUUAAGGGAGAGCCCAAGUCGCCUCGUGAGCAGCUACAUAAGAUGGUUUCUGGUGCACUUGGAGCUCCUCUCCCUACUGGAGAAUCACCAUUUGAUCUCAGUAGGAAGCCCAAGGAGACCAAGUCAUCUCCUCCUACUCCAACUAACCUCUCAAACCCAAACACUAAUACUGGGAGUAGCAGGGGCUCUUCAUUAAUAUCUAGCGGUGAGGAACAACCAUUAGACCUCAGUAUUAACAACCGAAACCGAGGAGGUCACAAUGGUAUGGCAGCCGAAGCACAGAAUCAAAAGAACCACAUCUAUGGAGUGGGAAAAGGUGUGUCCAUCAAGGAUGAAACUCUCAGCUUUCCAAUUCCUCACUCCCAGUCAAUGCUUCAAUCCCCCAUCACGCCACACCAGCAGCCCCAGCCACACCAACCACCUCCUCUGCACUAUGCCAAACCCUCCGCCUUCUUCAUGGACCCAAUUUACAGCAGGGUGGAGAAGAGGAAGCUACUUGACCCUGUAGGAGCUCUGAAGGAAAAGUUCCUCAGGCCUUCACCACAGCUCUUCCAUCCGCAGAUGUCUGCCAUGGAGAACAUGACAGAAAAACUGGAAAGCUUUGGUGCACUAAAACUGGACAUGCCGCCCAAUUCACUGCAACAUUCAGCUCACCCACUGUUCAACUUCCGCUCACCUCCUCCUUCGCUCUCAGAUGCCAUCCUCCGCAAGGGCAAGGAGCGCUACGCCUGCAGGUACUGUGGGAAAAUCUUCCCCCGCUCGGCAAACCUCACGAGACACUUGCGAACACACACAGGCGAACAGCCUUACAGGUGUAAAUACUGUGACCGCUCAUUCAGCAUCUCGUCCAACCUGCAACGCCACGUUCGCAACAUCCACAACAAAGAGAAACCCUUCAAGUGUCAUCUUUGCAACCGCUGCUUCGGUCAGCAAACCAACCUCGACCGCCAUCUCAAGAAGCACGAGCACGAGAACAUUCCUGUGAGCCAACAGUCUGGGAUGCUUUCCAACUUAGGAACCACCAUUUCCUCGCCAAACUCCGAGCCUGACAAUCAUGCACUUUUAGAUGAGAAAGAGGACUCGUACUUCUCAGAAAUCCGAAACUUCAUCUCCAACAGUGAGAUGAACCAGGCCUCCAGCUCCACGGAUAAGAGAUCUGAACCGGCCAAUGAGAAGCACACGAGCGGCCCCAGGUUGUCCGACUCCAAGCUGUCCCUCCAGGGGCUGGAGGAGGAGGAAGAGGAAGCAGAGGGGGAUGAGGAGGAGGAAGAGGAGGGCAGCCUGACAGAAAAGUCUCACGACGAGGCCCCGGAAUCCCCGUCUCCAGUUACAACACAUGUGUAUGAGGAGGAGGAGGACGAGGAGGAGACUACUCCAUUAUCUAUGAGCUAUGAACACUCUCGCAGGCUUAUGCAAUGAUGCUGUCUCUCUCCGACAACAACCCUUUGCACACGUCCUCCCAGAACUCUCUGGACGCUUGGCUGGGCAUGGGAGGCGGACCGUCUGAGACGAGCAGCUUUCACCCGCUCAACCACAUCUAGACAAGAGAGAGAGAGAGAGAGAGAGAGAGAAACAGAGAGGAGGUUAGUGUAGUAGGAGGAGGGAGGAGAAGUACUUUGCAUAGAGACACAAGUGGAGUGGACACAAGUCGGCAUGAACGGAGAAUUCAGUCUCACAUGCAUUCAGUGUGUGUGCUUGUGUGUGUGUGUGUGUGUGUGUGAGUGAGUGAGAGAGAGAGAGAGAGAGAGAGAGAGAGAGAGACAGAGACAGACAGACAGAUAGAGGGAGGGGGUACACUCUGUAAGAAAGCACUGCUAAGCUCCUGUUGAUGUGAAGGACAUACAUGAUGAAUGCUUCUCGACAGCAUUGAAACUUUGCCGAUGGUCCCCCAAGUGCACUCAUUCUCGUCUGGCCGCAGCAGUGAGCUGACGUGACACUCUGUAGACUCUUAAAUCACUUGUAUGUCACUGUGUGUGAUGUCUGGAAGAAUACGAAAAAACGCACUGCUGCAUUACGCCUACAUGUCCACAAGGGGUGCUGUUUCUCACAAAGUGACACUUUGGGCUCCAGAUGAAACUCCUCACGGAUGAAAUGUGUCACCGACUGCAGAAUCAACGACAGCACCACACAAGAUGUGAGUGUGGAAAUGAACGAUUAACACACACAAACUGAUGUUCUAAUGUGCACAGCAAAUGGUGAUUUUAGUGUUUAUUUCCCAGCUUGAUUCUGCUGGAAAUUGUUUCAAAUCACAAAUGGAAAUAUAUCAUUUCAUGUCACUCUUAAUAUCAUUUGCUUACUUUCCUCUUAGCUAUCACAGUAUUGUUUUGUUGAAGGCACCACCGUGCUAAAUUAUUAAUAUAAUUAUUUUAGAGAAGGACCAAAAUUGUAUGAUAAUGUGACAUGGUGUACAAAAUAACGUAGAUGUUCAUAGUGAGGGUGACACGUGCCAAAUAACCCAUAGAAAAUGUUUUGUUCUCUGACAAUCAUUUCAUUUCCAUUUGCUCCAAUAUAUUUGAUUUCAGAUGUGUGUGUGUGUAUGUAUUUAUUUUUUGCUUGUUCACUCAUUCUGUAUGGGGUGGCGGGUGUGAGAAUAAGGAAAAGUCCUUUCUCUUCUUUUUUUCCUUUUGUUGCUGAAGGAAUAAACACCGGUGAGAGAUUGAGAAUCUCCAGUUUUGGUGUGCCAUAAUGGAAAGAAUCCAUGAAAUGUUGUUUUUAUUUAUAGUGGAAGAUAGUUGUAGUUUUAGUGGCACUGUAAUGUCCUGCCGUGUUUAGUUUUCCUCUGGCAUCUGUCCCAUUUCACCCGGUAUAAGUAUUAUUAGGGGGGAAGCCUUCACCAUCAAUGUCACAUUGUCACAAAAUGACAUUAUUAUAAUAAUUACACUACCACACAGUAUAUGAGUAGAAUCUGGCAGGAUUCGAUCAUAAUGUGUAAAUGUAGCCCAAAAGGCCUGAACCAUUUGUACAGCCAAAUUGGGGGGUGAGGACUCAUGAAACCAAAAGAAUCCUGUAAAGUACAUUUACUGCUACGAUGGGCAUUAGAAUUUACUGCUGGUUGGUCCUUCAUGCAUAAAAAUUGUCUUGGAAUCAAUGGUGACCAGACUUUUCUUCUCGUGGCAUCAAACUCAUUCCAUGUAGUCUACGAAGUAGCAGGAGGGCAAGAUUUCUUUUGGAGUGUAGAUAGCUGUAGAUAGACAUCUCGGGAGGGGUUACUCGUAUCCUCCCUGUGUACUGAGAACUUGGCCUGAUGCUGUAUUUUUCAAGCUAGCACUUAAUGAAACCACAUGGGUCCAAGCCAUACUUUGAUCAGGCUUAGGUCUCGACAACUUACAACUCGACGACAAGACGGAAGGAACACUGUACUUUUCUUUGGCUACACGAGGACUGCUGCAUCAUCUCAUUUUGCUCAAGACACAAAUCUCUCUCUUGUUUGAUGAAUCUAUUCAUUACUUAUCUUUAUGAAAUGUAAAGAUGUGGGUCGUCUCUAUGUAGUGAUUCAUGUCAUGUCAUGGACUACUGUAAUAAGAAUGUGCUGUGUAAAGGCAUUGAAGGCAUUGAAGCAUUCCAUUGUGCCCACUUCAGAAAGUAUUCUGGCAGAUGGUCGUCAAGAUAUUAGAACAUGGUUGCUGUUUCCCCCGCUCACUGUUACAGGAGACAAAAAAAAAAAAAAUAGAUAUUGUUUCUUAUUAAAUGUAUAGUAUUUUAAAGAUGGAAAAAUAAUGGUGCAUUUGUCCGAAGGAAGAAAAAAAAUAAUGGGAAAAUAUGGGUUUAAAUGGAUGGUGCUUGUUUUGUUUGGAUCUGAGUUGUAUAUCGCCUAUGUUAUGUUGAUUGAAAACAACAAAAAAAAAAAAAAAAAAAAAAAAAAAAAAAAAGGAUACUGUGCAUGACGUGUUUAGCGGUCAUAAUUAUGUCCAUUUGUGAAUUGUGUAUCAAAUCAAAAAAAAAAGAAGAAAAAAAAUGAAAUCCGUAGAUGCACUUAUUGUAAAUGUGGGUAGGUUUAGCAGGUUUGACUUCCAAGUUCUUGACUGCCUUACUCGUAGGGGCAGGUGGCUCUUACAGACAUAAAGGAAGACUUGUGGGAGAAUACUUAAUGAAAAAAACAAUAAAGGAUUGUAGAAUAAAAUUGAACAAUUCUGAAAUUGCAGUUCUUUUGAUGCUUGUGAUCAUUGAAGAUAUACUUUAGAGAAAUUUCAUUGAAAAGACAUGACUGAUGUUAAUUCUGUAGAAUAGCAAUGUAUACCAAAUGUAAUCUUUCCAAUGCUAUGAAGAAUUUAUACAUGAAAUUGAUAUGCAAUAAAACCUGU